AUGCCUGCGGCCACAGCAGAUCUCCACAGUCCAGCUCGAACACCUAGUGGCAUCAUAAAGUUCACCAACUGCCGCUUGGCCAGAAACAAGAGGCUUACUGAAGAAGACCUGUGGCUAAGUUCUAUCACGGGGAAAAUCCUCAACUGCCAAGAAGCGUUCUACGAGCACCGAGCCAGCCCAGACCGCACAAUCGACCUAGGUGGUCGGAUAGUCUCCCCAGGCCUCAUCGAUGUACAGCUGAACGGCGGCUUCGGGUUCGACUUCUCGGUCGCCCCAGAAGAGAUCACCACAUAUGCCAAGGGCGUUGCACGGUUGAAUAGACAGCUUAUCAAAACAGGGGUUACGGCCUACCUGCCAACGCUGACUAGCCAGAGGAGCGAGGUGUACCACAAAGUCCUGCCUCAUCUCGGUCCAUCUGGCUCCCGCCGCAACCCCUCUGACGGGGCCGAGUCUCUUGGAGCCCACUGCGAAGGGCCCUUCCUCAACCCCGUCAAAAAGGGUAUUCACGACGCCUCCAUUUUCCUAGACGCGCCGUCCGGCUUCUCCUCCCUCUCAGCCUGCUACGGUGCCCCCAGCCUGCUCCGUCCAACAUCCCCGAUCAAAUGCAUCACGCUCGCCCCCGAGAUCCCCGGCGUCCUCUCCUGUAUUCCCGCGCUCGUUGAUCUCGGCAUCACCGUAUCGCUCGGGCACACCGACGCAAGCUUCGAAGAAGCCUCCGCCGGCAUCUCCGCCGGCGCAUCCAUGAUAACGCACCUCUUCAACGCCAUGCGGCCCCUGCACCACCGUGAUCCCGGCAUCUUCGGCCUGCUGGGCACGACGCCUAACUCUGCCACCGCCAGCACCACCGGCGGUGCAGGGCCAUCAGCGAAACCUUUCUUCGGCUGCAUAGCCGACGGCGUGCACCUACACCCCACGACCGUCGCUUUAGCCUGGUCUGCGCAUCCGGACGGCUUCAUCCUAGUCUCCGACGCGAUGGCACUUGUAGGACUGCGGGAUGGGACGUAUGACUGGACGAACGGGGCUAAAAUCAGGAAGGAGGGGUACGUGCUUACGCUCGAGGGGGAGGAGAAGAUUGCUGGAAGCGCGGUGACGCUGGUGGAGUGCGUGAAUAACUGUUUGAACUGGAGCGGCGCGAGCGUUGCGGAGGUGCUGGGCGCAGUGACGGCGACGCCGGCGAGAAUGUUGGGUUUGGAGGGGAAGGGGUGUUUAGAGCCGGGGGCGGAUGCGGAUUUGGUUGUGUUGGAGGAAAGGGUAAAUGACGGUGGUUGGAAGACGUUGGAAGUGGACCAAGUGUGGAAAUUUGGGGUGAAGGUCUUUGAUAAAGAGCAGGAGUAA